GACUAUGUCAAGGCCUGUGGAUGGUGAACUACAAGGAGGACAACAAGGGGACGGACGAUCAAGGCCAAGGACAUGGCGACGAUCAUGGCAGAGGGCAGGAACCAAACCCAUUCUGGAGUGAAGAGGUGAGGGAAGAACACCUCUUGACCCAGGCAAGACCUAGAGGUCUACCGGAUGAGACACCGAGUGAGAAUCUGUUGGACCUUGACUUAGAUGAGGACGAGUUGAGGCUGACCUGGCAGAAGGUGGAACUGGUGAGCGGCAAGGGGGGCCAGCAUGGGACUACUUGGGGGGACUCCAAGGCCGUGCUGGACGAGAACGGGGUCUUGGACAAGUUCAAUUCUCUAAGGCGGAACAACUCGAUGGACUUCGAGCCCGCGAUGAACGAGAACGGUGAGCGGCGUGAUGAGUUGGAGCGAGCAAUAGAAAGGAAAAUGGUUGAAGAGCUAAUGCAACGAGUGGCAAAGCCGCAAGAGGAGAAUGAUGCUCUGAAGCAGCAGGGAACGCGUGCACCUGAAGAAGGAGUACGGCAACCUAAGAGGGAGCCAGUAGCUAUGGUGGGACAGCGGUGCCUUAUGGAGGGUUUCCUGGCGGACGACAUGGACAAAGGCAAGGCCAGGGACUCCAACAAGGUUGUGGAGAUCGGCAAGAUGAUGUCCGACGAGGAGGUGGACCACGUGAGCCACUACCGGGACAGGAUCAAGGUUUUGGACUUCAACGAGAUGGCAAUCAAGGAGGUCAACCUGCGGGACCUCAUGGAUAAGCAGUUGGACCAUCAGUUGGUCAUGGAUGGGGAACAACAAGUGGGAAACGAACGGAAGAGUGACAAUGAGCAGAAGUUGGCAUGGCUUGAGGAAGAGGUCAAGAACCUGAGAGGGAAUCAGAAGCCGCUGGAUGGACCAUACUGGAGCAUGCCAGUGACCAAGGAUAGAGGUCCACCUGCAGAUCUUGGCCAACAACUUCCACAACAAGAUGGUGGACCACUGCAAGAUGCCAGAGCAGGUUCCAAAGCUGGACGGACAUGCAAGUUUGUGCACGACGCGAACAAGCUCACGGACCAGUACUCAAGAUGUGGCCAUUUCUACUUCAACGUCAUCGACAACAGCGCAAGCAUCGACAUUGAGCCCUACGACCUCGACGGGGGAGUCAUGGAGGAUGUCACAAAGCGGUUGAAAAGCUUACAGGUGACACAGGGAGAAGGAGCAGUGGACUUUGCUGACAAUGGAGGCGGUGCAAGCCAUGAUGCCAGUGAGCAAGAUGCUGCAGACGGGCAGCAACAUGAUGUGGACCGAGGAUGUCCGACGGUGAACAAGGAGUGCGGCGACAUGCUGAUGGAUCUCAUCGAGGCUGAAGAGAAGAAGAAAGCCAGAAUAGCUGCAAUCUUGGGGAAGGAAACCGAGCCCGAGACAGAGUAUGAUAAGAACGUAGCAGAAGUUCAGAGAAUGUUUCCAGAUGUUCCAGCCUACUUGGUUGAGAAUGUGGCCUGUGACGGACAAUGGAACCCAGAUCGGUUGCCAUGGAACAGAAUAAAAAGAAGGGCAAUCGAGACAGCAAAGUUUGUGUUACUUCACUUGUACCCAGGCGAUGAUGAGAAGACUUGGAAGCGACUGGAACGACGAAGCAAUGGCGUAGAGGUGAUCCAGGUGGAGCUCAAGAAGGGUGCAGGCAUGCGGAACAACGACCUGAUGGCCUACCUGGAGGAGCUGCAAAGCAGGCCUCAGCUUCGAAUGCUCAAGCUGGUGAAGUUGACCAAGGGCAACAGGGCCGAUGAUGAGGAGUUGCACAAGGGAUACAGUAUGGGUUUCCAACCUUUUCGCAAUGGCCAGAGCCAACCUGAAAAGUGGCCGCAAGAACUUGAAAAGAGGAUCCAGUUCUCCAAGGAAUUUGCUACCUGGGCCGCCGGACUCAAGGGACUUCUCAGAAUGGCAAUUCGGAGGUUGUCACAAGAGGAGACGAUGGUGAAGGCCCUGACCAGAAGUGGAAGGAACAUGUCCGUGCCGACCAUCUACAUUUUCGAAACCACUGUGAAGUAUGUCUUCGUGCUGCAGGAGCAGAUCGGUACAGGACAGGACCAGGAGUUGAAAGGACCAAGAUAUGGUCUUGUGGCGACAUACACGGUGCUGAUCGACAAGCAUGGAGAAGAUGAAGAGCCCCAACAGGAGCUGACCGAGGCCGAGAUCAAACACAAGAAGUGCGUGAACGGCGAUGGAGAUUUUCCUUGCAGGACAGAAUCUCAGAAUGUCAAGAACCUGGCGUUCACGGUGCCUCUCAAGUCACGGCACAAUGAUGACCUGCUCCAAGCGGUGGCCAAGCUCUACGUCAAGACCAAGGCCUUGGGUGUUGCAACACCAGAACUCUGGCCGUUUGGGUUGAAGGCAAUGGUCAAACAGAAGUUGUGGCAAAAACGAGAUGACACGCUGAAGCAUCCCAUGCAGAAGCUCAGUUUUUUGGAACCAGCAGCCGACAUGGCAACUACAUCGCUUGGAUACUAUGCCCAGAGCGAUGAGACAGGCAAGUUCUUCAGAGUCAAGGUCUUUGCAGAUCAAUCAGCCCUACAAGCUGAACCUGGUGAUGCGCCACAGGGGGAGGAUGAAGGACCUGGAGACCAACUUCUCUUGGAGAUGACGGAGACCGACCUGAAAAUCGACGACUGGAUGAUGAUCAACAAGGUCCACAACAACCUGAAGAAGUACAACAAGCUCAAGCAGCUGACAACCUUCAAGCUCAAGAUGCUGGAGUUCAGGAUCUUCAAGAUCGAUGCGACAGGUGGAGAUCAAGCUCGACUACUAGGGGAUGAAGAACAUCGGCGAGUACAAUGCGAAGAAGCAAUUGAGCGUAUGAUGGAUGAGACAGUGUGUCCACAAGAAGUGAAAUUGGCUUUGAAUCCGAAGGAAGAGUUGAAUCCGAAGGAAGAGUUGAACGCCAUUGAGGACAACGUGGUUCAGAUGGCAAAUAUGAGAAAGUUGGAGGUGGAAGCUGAACAACAAGUUCUACAGACCCGACUUGUGGCAGUGGAUGAAGUUCGUCGGAAUCUGGAAGAAUGGAAACCAGUGUUUGAGGAGGAAACCAACAACCUCAAGAUGACGGCAGUGGAAGCCAUCAACGAGAACCAGUUCCAACAACUUCUCCAAGGAGACAAAGAGGUGGAAUGCCUGCCGAUGAAGGCGAUUGCCACGUUGAAACCCCCUGCAAGGAAGAAGCGAAGAGUCGUGGUGUGUGGAAACUACGCCAUGGAAAGGGAGAAUGAGGAGUUAGCGCACGCUGCAAGUGGAUGCGACUCAUUGGCGAUUCGAGAUUUUCGGGGCGACAUCGCGAUGAACAACUUCCACAUCUCCGAUGGCGACAUGCUGGACAAGAGUUCAGUUGGUGCACCAGAGAGUGAGGUCAAAGCAGUGGCCAAUGCGGUGAAGUCACUCUGGGAAUGCUCACCGUUGGAACUCCUGAAUGAGAAGAAGGAGUUGCGCUUUUGCGGCAUGGAACUGAGAAGGUACAAAAAAGGGGUGUUCCAGAGUCAAACGGGCUAUCUGGUGGAGAUGCUGAAGGGCUAUGAGGUUCAAGGAGUGGAGGCGUACCCAUUGCCUCUUGACUACGGGUUAAGUUACCAACCUGGGGAUGACACGGACUACGCAGAUGGCCAGCUACCACAAACAGCAGACAGACUGGUGAUGUAUAUGCCGACAUCUCCUAUCCUCCUCCCUAUGGGCAAUACCGGUCAAUACAAGGUGUUGCUGGGCAAUGGACUGGCGAGACGUUGCUCGCUGGCUGCACUCAUCGAGACGGUCAACAGCGACCAGCCGCUCCAGAAGCUCCUCUACGGUGACAGCAAGGCAGCUCUUUCAGCGACAGGGUUGGAAACCGGACCUUGGAGAACAAGGCACAUGCGCAUCAGAGCAAAUGCUUUGAGAGAAGCAGUCAGGAGACCAGAACUGGGAUGGCGGGCAUUGACACGACUGGCUGCGGAUGAGGAGGAGUUGGGGCAGAAGAAGAAGGUUUUGCAACGGGACCCACAACACAAGGCUGCCGACGGAGGAGAACGAGAUGGGCGGCCUGAGGCUGAUAAAGAACCCCAGAAGAAGGAGAACAAACGCCAACACCAGCUGCAGGAGAACCUGAAAGUGAACGAACACCACAGCUGCCGAUGCCGGCCACAAGGCCAGAGCGAUCAAGGCAAGACCUACAACAAGGACUAUGCCAACUACUUCGUCAAGGAGGAGAGGUACGGACCAAUGUACCGACGAUGGAUCCCCUUCAGUGAGAGUGCAAUGUACCGACGAUGGAUCCCCUUCAGUGAGAGUGGUGACAGCGGCAAUGACGAGGAGGAGAUGCCAUCGACCCCUCCAGCCACCACAAGCAGCAUGGGAGAACGGGAGCCAGGAGCUGAGCCACCAAGGAAAACUCAGCCCUGGCGAGAAAUGGUGCAAAAGGGAGAUGGAUGGUGUUCGGUGGUCUAUGACCCGGAUAGCGUGUUGGACCCCGAGGGCCCCAACAUCGAGCAGAUCAUACAGUCACUGCCGGUGCCAAGAGUGGUGCCACCUCCAGAACCGAGGACAAGGAUGGAGGCUGCUCAGAUGGUCAUCACAGUGCCCAGACCAGAUGGGUACCACACGGAUGAAGAUGGAUGCACCUUCUCGAAGAUUCCCUGUUUUCUUGAGCCGACCACGGACACCUGGCACGGGCAGUCCGGCAGUGGACUAUUCCCUGGAAUUCACUAUGAGACCUCCGAGACCUACGGCGACUACGGAAGAGACGCUGCGAGAGAGGCCAAGUUCUUCGACUCCAGCACCGCCACCGACUAUGGAGUCCUCACAGUUCAGAUGGAGCUGAUGGCGAAGAACCCCCACGCUUCAUUGCCUUUGGUGUUGACAGAGAGGGCUGGUAA